UCCGUUUCUGUGAUUGGCUGUGCGUUUGGCAUGGCAACGUACGACGAUUUGGAGGGCCCUUCGCCCGUCCAGAGGACGACCAAAACGAGGCUGCAGCAGAUGGUGUACUCGUCAUUCUCCGACUUCCGCAAAGAAAAUUUACUGUACGACACAAAACUUGUCGUCGGGGAAGAAGAAUUCCGUGCGCACAAAGUUCUCCUAGCAGCUUGCAGCAAGUACUUCUUCAGCCAUUUCAAGAACUCCGGAAAUGACGUCAACUCCGUUUCCGUCGUGGACUUGACCAAAUUCCGGGAGAUCACUCCGGAGGGAAUCCGGGUCGCCCUGGACUUCAUGUACGAGGGGAAACUUCCGGAACCGGGCGACGACAACCUGCAGAAAAAAUUCCGGGCUACGAAAGAAUUUCUCCGGAUUCCACUCUAUACGGACUACUGCGACGUGGUCAGCGAAGACGUUCUACGGGAUCUGAGAGAAUUUGUCCAAUAUUCCCUCCAGAGUUUCCGUUCGCAAAAGGUUUUCUUCGACAUCACGAUAAAGACCAAGGGGAAAAAGUUCCGCGCUCACAGAACUCUCCUAGCGGCUUGUAGUCGGUAUUUUAGGUCAAUGUUUACAUUGAACUUCAAGGAGGGAAAAGAACAUGAGAUAAAUUUAGCAGACGUACCGGCACAGGUGUCUAUUCGGGCUCUGAAAGACUUGAUUGAGCUGAUUUACACGGGAGAGAUCGACAUAAAUGUGGACAACUUUGAGGAGCUUUUGACGGCGUCGUUCUUCUUGCAAAUGGAGUUUCCACAGGAUCUGUGCGCCAAGUUCAUCGCGGCUAACAUUGACCUUGAAAAUUGUGCAGAUGUCCUGAGGUUAGCUGAAGGUUACGGGAUGGAGGAGGUCAUAAAAGCAGCAUAUUACUUCAUGCAGGAAAACUACGACGAGCUGUCCCAAACUGACCACUACAAGCGGCUGCCGGAUGACCUGGCCGGGCUCCUGGGCUUCCUGCCCCGUAAACAACUGGCCGGCAUCGCCUACAGACAGUCCAACUACCAGUCAGCCUUAGGGUCACCCGACGUCGUCUUGUAUGAGGACAAGAAAUGGAAGUACUACUUAGACUCCAGGUUUACCUCUCUGCCUAAAGAGAUCGCCGACACCGCCACGUUUGAAGUAGCCGUGCUGGAUAACAUCAUUUACGUCAUCGGGGGGUUCCGCUUCCAGGACAAGAGACGGGAUUUUCUCCCGACCAAUGAGGUUCAUUGCUACGACUGUGUGUUCCGAGCGUGGAACGAGUGCAGCCCGAUGAUAAACGAGAGGGACCUGUUUCGCACGGUCGUCGUCGGCGGUGAAAUCUACGCCAUAGGUGGGAGGGGGGCAAUAAAUAACUACCAGUCCACGGUGGAGCGGUUCAACCCACUGACCUUCACGUGGAAACUGACGGAGCCCCUCCCUCUGGGCGCCAGCGACCACGCCGCCGCAGAAUGCUUCGGUCAUAUCUUUGUGUCCGGCGACUCGUCCUGUUGGGUGGACGGGAUGCCCCGAACACUGUUCUACCAUCCCGACACCAGGCAGUGGGACAAGCUGGACGACUUUCCCAUCGUGCCUUGCAGGCGUAGUGGGAUGGUGGGCCUCGGUGACAAGCUCUACAUCAUCGGGCUGGAGACCGUGGCCUGUUAUGACGUCAGGACCGGGCAGUGCUCCUCAUUGGCCAACCUGCCGUCCCCCCAGACGUCAUCCUUCUACUUCACCAGCGACUGUAUCCUCCGCAACGACAUCGUCUGCGCGACCAAUAAGGGCGACUGUUACAGCUACGACACGGAGAAGGACGCGUGGCGGGAGAUGGAGAGUUUUCCCGAGAUGCAAAUCUGCACGCGGGGGGUGAUGGUCUUCACGUUCUGGAUGGAGACAGACGAGGACUACUUCACAGCGGCACAGCUGGCGGAGGCAUAGAGCGCGGGGUUCUCCUGCAAGACAACCGGCACGGUCGGGAUUCGUCGUACGUCCUUUGUACGAUGGUCGUGCGUCGUUUGUACAAUGGUCGUCCGUCGUUUGUACGAUGGUCGUACGUCGUUUGAUGGUCGAACGUCGUUUGUACGAUGGUCGUACGUCGUUUGUACGAUGGUCGUCCGUCGUUUGUACGAUGGUCGUCCGUCGUUUGUGCGAUGGUCGUACGUCAAACUUAACAACCGUUAACACGACAGCUGAAUGUUGCACAACAUAUGUACGAGUUAGCACGACUAUCCCAAGAAUGUAGUGCGGCGAUCGUAAGACGUUGGUGGCCGAGGCCUUAAGUGUAAACCAGAUGUGCCCAGAUGGAAUGAUAAAAGGAAAUUUACUUUUCAGAAUAUGCACCUAAGUGUAAUAAGAUCUACAAAAAGGUAGAACGUUUGUUUGCAAUAGUUAGUGAUGUUUGUUGUAAAAUUUCAGUAGCUCAAUAAAAUAGAUAGAUAAAUUGAAGAAUCAAUGUGUACAGGAAUGAUUUUAUGGAAUUAACUUAAAGCGAUUCACUGGUUCAUUUUAAGGUAUAAUGCCGUAUACACUGUUGUUUGUAUGUAUAUACAAAGGAUGCAAAGAAACAUGUAUACAGUGAUUUAGAUCUGGCAAGUAGAUAGAAUCUGUAGAAAAAUAAAGUCACAGAAUUUUGAAAAAGGCAUGCUGUUUUUCAUUGUGUGUUUAUCAACAAGAUCACAAUGCUUUGCAUGCUGGGGUGUAAUAUUCAAGCAUCUCCUCCAUGCGCUCAUGACUAUAUUGCACU